UUUACAUUAGCAUCGAUAUUUAUAAAGUCGGAAAUUGCCAAAUACGCCGAUCCGUACCCUUGCACUAAGCAGCUAAGGCAUUUUCAAACAUGGAAGUCCUGAAAAAAUUAAACAACCCGAAUUUAACAGCCAGAUUUCAAAAAUUUUGUGGAGUUUCCUACCGAAAUGUGCAAAACUGUGAUGAAUGCCGAAAACAUCACGAAAAUAACAAUCAGGAAUUACAAAAAUCAAGCAGGUGUUCAAAAUGCCGGGUGAAGGUGCCUGAAAAGUUUGGAUCCGCCCUACUGUUUUAUCUCUUUUCGUUCUCUUCCUCCCUCGGGAAUGAGGUAUUUUACUUGCUUUUUUACCCUUAUUGUGUGUGGAAUGUGGACAGCAUUCUUAUCCGAAGAACUGCCCUCGUGUGGAGCUUGUGUAUGUAUGUCGGACAGGCUGGCAAGGAUUAUUUCUGGUGGCCACGCCCCUCCUCUCCUCCUGUGAUCCGCCUAGAGACUGAUUUCCUCCAGGAAUCCUCCAUGCCGUCCACCCAUGCUGCGUCCGCCACCGCCAUCCCUUUUAUGCUUGCUUAUUAUCUUCUAACCAGAUAUGAGAUGUCGCCAUAUUUAGUCCUCCCCGUUGCCUUUCUGUGGUGUACCCUGGUUUGUCUUAGCCGUCUGUAUCUCGGAGUUCAUACAGUCCUGGACCUCCUUUGUGGCAUAGGUAUCUCUCUAGUCAUCAUGCUAAUCUCGUUUCCAUUUCUGGAAGAUUUUGAUUGGUAUCAGCAGACACAUCCAUUUGCUCCCUUUGUCGUCUUGACAACGGCUAUUGCUAUGUGCACCGUGCUAUACCCACAAAGCAAAGAUGGUAGCAGUUCCAAAGGCGACGCUGUGCAGAUUGUGUCUGUGCUCACAGGAGUCAGCAUCGGUUCUUGGCUCAACUUUUAUUUUCACUUUACCACUACCGGUGGUCCAAAUGGUCCAUAUGACGUCAUUAUUCCAACUGUGCGUGAUUUGGCAAUUCAAAUUCUGAGAUUUUUCAUUGGUGUCGUCAUUAUCGGAUUACUAAAGUUAACAUUGAAAGAAAUUACUGUACGGCUAUUUUCAAAAUUCUAUGGUUUGAAAAGUCCUAAUCCGGAACACCCUUCAGUGAAAAUUGCGUAUAAAUUUGCUGUAUAUGGUAUAAUUGGCUUUUCCGUUGUUUUUCUCGUGCCAUUUAUUCAUUGUAUGUUUGGACUUGAAAGAGAGACUUAUUUUCAAGAAGUAGUUUAAGUACAUUCAGUAUCAAAUGGUGAAAAUACAGAAUAUUUAUUACCGAUAUGAAUGAUAAACUUUGUGGAACUACUUCUUUCCUAUUUCAUAUGAGUGAUUUGCCGCCUUGAUGUUGGUAUUAGCCCGGUGAAGACUGACUGGCCCUAAAUAAAUUAUAUUAAUUAAGAUAGAGGACUCAUCGCCUCUUUGUUGUUAUAUUUAUAACAAUAGCUCGCAUCCUGCCCUGAAUCCACCCCUGCAAUACUACUAGCAUUUAGGCAAAAACCAGACAUCCUGAAACACCUGACUACUCAAAAACAGGCGAACAUCAACAAAAGAAAAAACAUGACUGCAGUUCGAACUUUUUGAAAAAUAAUUUUUAUUUUCCGUGACACGUGUAUUACACGUGUGUAGGACAUAACCAUGGCAACCAUUCAUACACUCUCUGCGGACACACUCUGGAUUUAUCCAUAAUUAUAGAUAACACUCUCUUUACACACUGUGUGCCUACUAAAACAUUGAAAGACCUUAGCAGCGACAAUACUGAUAUUUAUUAACGCUUGUACACGGAGCAGAGCGGGUCCACAUCCCCAUUCUAUCAAUCAGAAAUUAUCACUGAAUUCAGGUCUAAAAAAUUACAAAAGAAAGGGAAAA